UUCCCUGCAGCAAAACGUGAUUUUGGAUAAACAAGUCCCAACUGCGUCAACGCUCCGCUACUGUGAUGUCGGUCAGUGGCCGUGCAUUCGAGGCUACACUGGAAUAAUUAUUACGUUUGUAGUUUCCCACCUGCAUGGAAGCACAAUUGCAGAGAAAAAUGGAAAAGAUUACAUCUGGAUGGUUUGGACUUUUUCUCUCCACUGCAACCAUGGCACUAACAGUGUGGAAUUUCAGCAACGCUCAGGAUUCCAGGAAGCAUCCUCGACCCGUCAGAACCUCUGAGCCUCUGGUUGUGCAGGACCAUGAUUUGAAGACGUACCUGAGUCCCGAUGAGCUCAAGCGGCUUCAUUUUAGGACCACCACAGACUCCCUCGAGCUGUCGGAAGGACAUGAGGCCAAGUUCGGCUGCUCCAUUGAUAUGCCUGAUACCAGACUGGAGCCCAUCAUCUUGUGGAUGAAGAACGGCCAGGACCUGGCUGGAAACAUGCAGGUGAUGAUCAAUGAACUGCAGACCAUCACGGACCGGGUUACAACUCUCCUCUCCACUGUCAGCAUUAGCCAGGUACAGAGGGCAGAUGCUGGAGAAUAUCGCUGCAGGCUCAGCAUCGGCAACAUGAUGGUGGAGUCUCAGCCGAUCACCAUCAAAGUAGAAGGUCUUCCAACAUUUCUCCAGCAACCGGAGGACAGAAACAUAACAAAGGACACACCUUUUACUCUGUCAUGUGACGCGGUGGGACCUCCAGAUCCUGUUAACAUUCGCUGGCUGCGUGAUGGAAUACCUUAUAGUGACUACCACACAUCUCCGAGCGCUUACUCUGUAGAAGGUGUGAACAAGUACACCCAGUUCAGCUGUGAAGCCUACAACUCCAAGGGGGUCAGUACAUCUAGAGAAGCAAACGUCAACAUUAAAGCGCUUCCCAGUCCUGUGUCAAACGUCACUGUGAUUGCGAGGGAGUCCAAUAAGUUGACGCUAACAUGGGUGCCUGGACAUGACGGCUUCUCUCCGUUAACCAAGUGCCACAUCAGGGUGAAAGAGGUGAGCCGGAGGUUAGGGGAGGUGACAAUCACCAGGUUCGUCAAUGUCACGGUGCCUCCAUUCCAGUGGGAAGUCUCUGGCCUGCAAGCCAUGAUGUCUUACAACAUGAGCAUUUCCUGCAGCAAUGAUGUGGGGGCUUCUCCAGUUUCCCCUUGGAUACAGAGUAACACGACAGAGGGAGUGCCAUCAGUUUAUCCUCGAAAUGUGACCGUGCAGCUGAAUGAGUCAUGGCUGGUGAUCAGGUGGAAGCCCCCGCCGGAUGAUAAGAUUAAUGGAAUCCUGCAAGGUUACGACAUUAUUGUCAGACAUGGGGCGCAAGUAAACAAGAUCCACAGCUAUACCAACAUGGCCUUUGUAGCUGUGCAGGACUUCAACACCACUUACAGUGUGGAGGUGGCUGCAUGCACACGUGCAGGGAGUGGCAUGAUCAGCCCACAAGUCUUGUUAUUUGUGCCAGACGACAAAUCGGGUCCAUCACCAUCCUCCAGUCCUGGUACCAAGAUACCAGACUCUGUCAGUAUAGUCCUGGGUGUGGUGUGUGGAGUCUGUCUUUUGAUGCUUGUCCUCUGGGUGGCUAUCUGUGUACACAACAGGACAUCUGACUCUUGGCUUGGGCGGGUUUUGGGAAGUGGACAUAAGCCCCAGCCGGUCGUCCAGUACAAACCACAGAGGUCCUACAAUCGUUCUGCUGUUGGGAUAACAUUUGGAAACCUCGGUGUCAGUGCUGAGCUCCAAGCCAAACUUCAGGAUGUAAUGAUCGUGAGGAACUUGCUGUCCAUUGGAAAGGUUCUCGGAGAAGGUGAAUUUGGCUCAGUGAUGGAGGGACAUUUAAGACAACCAGAUGGGACUUCAGAAAAAGUAGCUGUGAAGACGAUGAAAUUGGAUAGCUUUUACCAGAGAGAAAUAGAGGAGUUCCUAAAUGAGGCGGCCUGCAUGAAAGAUUUCCACCAUCCAAAUGUCAUCAGACUGCUUGGUGUGUGCCUGGAAAUGGGCUCCGGACACUUCCCUAAGCCAAUGGUCAUCCUGCCCUUCAUGAAAUAUGGAGAUCUACACACCUUCCUGCUGCGUUCACGCUUAGGAGAGAAUCCAAUUUUCUUGCCAACACAGACGCUCUUGAAAUUCAUGGUGGACAUUGCUUCUGGAAUGGAGUAUCUCAGUGGUCGAAACUUUCUACAUCGUGACCUGGCUGCUCGCAACUGCAUGCUACGUGAUGACAUGACAGUGUGUGUGGCAGAUUUUGGAUUAUCCAAGAAGAUCUACAGUGGAGAUUAUUACAGGCAGGGCAGAAUAGCCAAAAUGCCUGUCAAAUGGAUAGCAGUAGAGAGUCUGGCAGACAGAGUUUUUACUGUAAAAAGCGAUGUGUGGGCAUUCGGUAUAACCAUGUGGGAGAUCUCUACACGGGGGAUGACGCCAUAUCCUGGCAUCCAGAACCACGAGAUUUACGACUACCUCCUUGAAGGACACAGGUUGAAGCAACCAGCGGACUGUUUGGAUGAACUGUAUGACAUCAUGUAUAUUUGCUGGAGGGCUGAUCCUUUGGACCGACCACUCUUUACCCAAUUGCGAGAAAUGUUGGAAAAACUCACAGAAAGGCUUCCAGAGUCUUCGAGCAAAGAGGAUAUCAUCUAUAUUAACACCAGCUUCCAGGAUGAGGACCAGGAUCGAGAUGCCACAGAAUAUCCCAUGCUUAGCUCCUCGCCUUCUUGCAGCUGCCCGCAAGCAGAAAACCCAACAAUUACUGCGGACAUUCACGGCAGCAUGGAGGAUGAGAAUGACGAUGAUGAUCGUUAUGUGGUGGUUAUCUCUCCAGAUCCUUCACUGGGAUCGCCAACACUGGACACUCCUCUGUUAUCAAGUGGCUCUUCAAGUCGCUCAAAUGGAAACAUGGCUCCUGAUGGUACAGGGACAGAUCACAUUUCAAGUGAUACUUCUCUUCUGCUGUAAAGUUUGGUACCCAGACAUUUAAAACUGUAUUAAAAAAUGUCAUGCAGUGUUUGAGUACUAAACAUUUUUGCUAUGUUGCACUGGGAGCAGCCAUGGUGUUUAGUUCUGCAAGGAAAUGGUGACAGUAUUGGUCAGUGAUGGAAUUGUUUGUAUUUCAACUUUAGUACAUGUUUUUGCACAUGUACUCAUAAGUUUAGGAUUCACUGGACUAUGAAAUUUACUGUAAUGAAUAUUUUGUUGCUGUUGAUGUAAAUAUGAAAUGUAAAGAACCUACCUAAAUGUAUAUUGCAUACUGGAAGAAUAAAUAA